AAAAAAAUCUUGUCUCGGCUGCUCGGUCCUUGUGUUUGUUGUAUCAAUUUGUAUGUCAAUUAACAAUUAACCCUUGUUUAAUGAUGGCUUGUUGAUUAUUAAAAAGCUGUGCCCAGUACUGAUAUUAUCGAUGUUCAACGUGAAGUGAAUGUAAAACAUGGCUACGGGCGGUGAGGAGCUGUGGCGCGAGUGCGCUGCUUGGUUGACGAGAUGUGGCUUGCUGCGUCCCGACCAUAAGGCGAAUUGGGAGACGAGUACCAUUGCUGACCUAGCAUAUACGUUGCGGGAUGGAGUUCUGCUGUGCAAUCUGCUGAACGCGCUGCAUCCUGGCUGCAUCGACAUGAAGGACGUGAACCAGCGUCCACAAAUGGCACAGUUCCUGUGCAUGCGGAACAUCAAAGUAUUCCUACGGACGUGUCAUGAGGUGUUCGAGCUGCGGGAGACUGACCUCUUCGACCCGUCCAUGUUGUUCGACCUCUCAAACUUCCACCGGGUGCUCUGCACAUUGGCCAAACUCAGCCAGUGCCCUAAAGCACUGGCUAGGAACAUCAAGCCAUUUUCAGCUCACAGGACUCAGUCGGAAGAGGACAUAUACAAAGACCUGCAAUCUGUUAGCGCCCGCGUGUCGCUGGAUGCGGACGCGUAUAUGCGCUCGAGUCCGUCCCAGGCGGCGGCGGAGGUCCCCUGGGUGCAGUUCACUAUCCCCAGUGCCACCUGCGAGGACAGGGUUGAGGAGAUCUACGAGGAUCUCUGCUACGUCAAGUUCACGUCAGCUGAACCCGAGCUAGCGACCUCGUCGCACAGUCUAGAGAAGAGAGAUUAUGUUAUAAGGGAAUUGGUUGACACAGAAUGUAACUAUGUGGACGUCCUGAGUAAAAUUGUGAAACAUUUUCUGAGGCCGCUCACGCCGUACUUGAAGCCAAAAGAUUUGCAGACAAUUUUUUUCGGCAUCAAGGAGCUCCACGAAAUCCACUCGGGUCUGUUACGUCAGCUGAAGUUGGCCACGGAGGCGUGCGUGCCGGGCAGCGGCGCGCCGCGAUUGGCUGACGUGUUCCUCGCGUGGCGCGAGCGUCUGCUCCUGUACGGGGACUACUGCUCGAACCUCACGCAUGCGCAGGACACUCUCAAAGCGCUCGACACAAGGGAUACCACCUUCAGUAAACAGCUCGCGAAAUGUCAAAAGGAACACAGUGACGGUCGCAUACAACUGCGCGACAUCCUCUCAGUACCAAUGCAACGGGUGCUGAAGUACCAUCUGUUACUGGACAAGCUGGUGCACGAGACACAGCCGAACCACGAAGAGUUCCGAAGUCUGGAGCGGGCCAAGGAAGCGAUGGUGGACGUCGCUCAGUACAUCAACGAGGUGAAGCGGGACAGCGAAGUGCUCGCCCUGCUGGCCAAAGUUCAGGAGAGUAUAAUAGACUGGGAGGGGGGGGCGCUGGGCGCGGGGGGCGCGGGGCUGGCGGCGUACGGGCGGCUGCUGCUGGACGGCGAGCUCAAGGUCAAGGCGCACGAGGACCAGAAGCUGCGCUCCAGAUACGUGUUCGUGUUCGACAAGCUGAUGCUGCUCUGCAAACCUGUCAAGGAGAACCAGUAUUCGUACCGCGUGGGCGUCAGACUGGCGGAGUACCGGGUGGAGGAGGGCGGCGAGCGGCGUUCCCGAGGUGACGCGCGCUGGGCCGCGCACUUCUACCUCGUGCGCAGGACCAAGGACGCCACCUUCACGCUCUACGCGAGGACUGACGACGCCAAGAGGAAGUGGCUCAAAGCUAUCAGGGAUGCCAUAGACAACCUAGAGCCGUCGGGAUGUCGAAGCACCAACCACAAGUUUGUGCUGCACACCUUCGAGAAGCCCGCCACCUGCCACCAUUGUUCCAAGUUCCUCAAGGGCAGGAUAUUCCAGGGCUACCUGUGCACGGUAUGCAGCGCGUGCGCACACAAGGAGUGCAUAGCACUGUCGGGGCGCUGCGCGGGGGCGCUGUGUGCGGGGGCGGGGGCGGGGGCGGGGGCGGGCGGGGCGCUGGCGCCGCCGCCGCCGCCGCACCCCGCGCCGCCAGACACCGCGCUGCACUAUUACAUGUGGUACGUGGGUGAAAUGGGCCGGGAGACGGCGACGGCGCGACUGGAGCGGCGCCUGGACGGCACGUUCCUGCUGCGCGUGCGCGCGGCGCUGCAUCGCCACUCCGACGCCGACACGCAUUACGCACUUUCGCUCAAGACGGACAACACAGUGAAGCACAUGCGCGUGUGCUGCAAACAGAUCGACCAGGUUCGGCACUACUACCUGUCGGAAUCUCGUUUUUUCCGGAGCAUAGUCGAGUUGGUCUCCUACUACGAGAAGACCAGCUUGUCCGAGAAUUUUAUUGGGUUAAACUCAAACCUCCGCUGGCCAUUCCGCCGCGUGGUCGCGACUGUGAUCCACGAUUUCAGGCCUCUAGAAGCUUCUCAGUUAGCGCUCAGACCUGGCGCCAAAGUGUUGGUGCUGAGCAAGGAGGGCGACAGUAGGGGGUGGUGGAAAGGGAGGACUUUGGACAAGGGCGACAAUCGGUCGGGAUACUUUCCAAAAGAGUGCGUCCGCGAGGAGCCCGAGUGUAUCGGAGCGCUGGACUGAUGUCAGCUGUGCCUCGCCGAGCGGGAACUGCACUUCGCGGCUCCGGCGAGGGACCUCGAACCCGGGGACUUGGUCUAAACACAUGUAUGUAUAACCUGGGGACCGAGAAACUGUUUUCCAGGAUAUCUAGUUCAGACGGUGACAAGUCUUGAUGGUUUCUCCGGAACAGCCGCUUUUUAUGUUAAAAAUACUUCGUCUGAUGAAAAUUGGAGGCACAGCUGAACGAGAAACCUAUGGAAGUGGUCCACACUAAAGGCAGCAGGAUAUCAAUAGCUAGGAAUUAAUCAUCUACAAAUAAAAACGCUUCACUUGAGAUGUUAGCCGAGUGAGAAUCCGGCGAUCAUCGACGAACCUCCGAACUUAGUGUAAAUAAAUAUCCUACUACUUAGCUCGUGAGAAAUUUACUCGUUGAGAUAAAUCUUUCAUGGUUCGAUUAGCUACAUCAUGAAUGAUAUGACACACCGAGGAACGAAGUCCAAGCGAGAAAACCAUGAGAAACUAAUGAGAAAAGCUGCCAGUUCUCCGAUGAAGUCCGUUUUUCUCGUCUGAAUGUCAGCUAGUGACGUUGAAUCCUGAAUGCCCACGCCUGAAUACCUAUAUAUUUAUAUAUAGCUGAAAGUGACACGAGCUACAUUUGGCCGAGUGACGAGUGACAAGUUUAAACGCAUAUAUUAAGUGACGUCUAAGUGUGUCAAAGAAUAUCUUGAUAUAGUCGAAGACAACGUCAGGUAAAUAUGGAAUAAGGCCUAACAAUCACUUUAGUCCGUUGUUAGGCCCUCUUUACAUUGGUAAUUUUAUAUUAUAAGUUUGUUAUUAAAAUUAUCCAUUACCAAUGACAUAUAUUGAUUGAAGGAGUAACAAAGAAUGACAAUGCAGAGAAAUGGGGAUCUCACAAGUAAUGCAGUUUAUUUUAUACAUUAUAAGAUGUAGUGACUCAAUGUUGCAAAUUGAGACACCAGAUUUGUCCCAUAUUUAUUCAAAAUAUUUAUUAGUAAACAUAAUUCAAAUCUACACCGAUGCAAUGAUUAAUAGAGUUAAUUAAAGAAGAGAUGAGAAUUAGAGUUAAUUAAGAGUAAGUUAAUCUAUGAUCAUUGCAUUAAUAAUUAUAGUACUACCAAGUUUAUAAGUCGCCUCGAUAAUGUUCUUUGGCGCAGUAUUUCAUAUCCUAUAUAUAAUCAAACAACGUUAUUGCUACUACACAAGGUUUUAAACAAUAAACAAUAUAAGCGGUGCUAUCCCGCUCUAAAUUACUUUUGUGCAAAGCUCAAAAUAUUUUUUUUGUUUUACGUAGCAUCCAACAGAGGGCGGGUUAGGAGCGAUAUGAUUGGCUCGCGCAACGUAUUUAUUUAUUUCUAACAGGUACUUACGUCGGUAUAAGUCAUAAAAUUGGUAAUACUAUAUUUAAAAAAUAUAUGUAGUAAAUAAAUUAUAUUUGACAAAAAUAAUAAAACAUAGCCUAUGGACAUGAGUAAGUAUUGUGGACAGAACUUAAAUCAAUCAGUGCAAUACUAAUAAUAAAUAACAUCCUUAGACAUUACUGUUCUACUGUUGAAAUCGUCCAAAUUUAAACAAAAAUGUUACAUAAAAAUUUUAAUCUCAUUCAUAUCAAUAGGUAAACGUUUCGUGACAGUUUGGCGAUGUAUCACGAAUUUAGCCAAUUGCAAAUAAAAAUUCGUGGUAUAAUAAUGUAGUUCAACAUAUGUUUUUAUUAUAACCAAAAAAAGUCAAACAAAAAAGGCCAAAGUAAAAAAAAAAACUGUUUUAUGAAAAUUAAAAUGAAAUAUUCGUACAGACAGCCGCAAGUCAAGUUACCCUGCACUUUAACAGGGGCAAAUUUGCAAUGUGGGUUGACAAUUGACGUGCUGUUGACUGUACUAUAAACAAUAUAUUUUUGUAUCUGUGGCCAUCCACAGUAGAAUUAGCAAACCUCAAGUACAUAACACGUGUGUUAUAAUCUCAAAUUAGUCCUAAAAUGCCAGUGGAAUAUGUAAUAAUAUCAUAUCUGACUGGCAUUAAUUGUGUUAUUCUAGUUAAUUAAGUGGAAUCAGUGUGUAUAUGUAAUGUUAUAUGUAAAAAAAUAUGAUAGUGAAAUAUUAUCUGGGGGUAAAAAAGAAAUCGAUGACUCUAUGGGCCUGAUAUAUUUGUCUAUGUAUAUCAUAGUGCUGAUUGUACCUGUCGUAGUGUUGCCGAUCAGUAAUCCACAAUCGAUAGUUAUUGAUGUUAUCGAUAGUUGCAGCAAAAGCAGUAGAUCGAUGGCUUUUUUCGAUUGUAUAACAAUCGAUUGUUCGGCAACGCUGUCUCAAAUCUUGUCUAUGUUUCCUCUUCAAUAAAGGUUGUCUAUGCUCUCUCAGAUAGGUAGCACGGUAUGUUUUUAUGGUGCGGAAAAAAUGCUUUAACUUAGAUUAAUGAUAUUAAUGAAGGCAUAAGGGUUUUUGGAUGGAAAUUGUAUGGAUUGAUACGGUUGUUGUAUGAGCGGGAUGGAUUUUGCAUGGUAUGAAUAAGCUGGAUACAGGCAAUGAUGAUUUGUUGAUUUAAUCAAAAGUGUGUGAUUGCAGAGGCUGUAAGAUUUAAGAUGGACUUACAAAACUAAGUAGAACUUUUUGAUCUUAACUGUGCUCAAAAUCAUUUAGACAUGACAGUUUCAUAUCGUAUUCUCUCUACAUCCACUCUCUUUAUGAAUUUGAAAAUCUUUCAAAAAUACAAUACAGUCUGUCAAUAAAGUGAGAAAACUAAAUAAAUGCUAUCACCUGUUGGCUGGCAACACCGGGGCGUUUAUCAACCAAUCUUGACCAUUGUAUUUGGUAUUGCAAUGACAAAAAAUGUAGUUGGUUACAAAUCCAUUUUCUCCACAUUAUUGACAGAUUGUAAGUGAGAUGAAGUGCCAAAUUACAUUGAUUAAAAGUGUGUGUAUGUCACGCACAAAAUUUCGUUUUUUUUUUGUUUUAUCGCAUUUUGUAUUUUCAAUUAUUGAGUGCAGAUGCAGUGAAUAGCAUGACUCGAUACACACAUACAUUAAUCAAUGAUUUGAUGUAUUUUUUGUGUUCUAGCAAUUUUGUUUUUUACCUAAAUGACAUUUUGUAGCAAACAUUUUCAAAUAUUUUAUUACUCCAUGACUUUUAUAUUGAAAAACUUUACUGACAACAUUCUGUUUAAUACUUAUUUAUAUAUAUAUUUUUUCAAUGGCUACCACGUUAUUUUAAUACGUAGCUAAAAUUCGCUCAGAGUUUAGUGUGUAAAUAUUGUUAACUUAUUUGAGUAAAUAAGUACGAGCACAAUGAAUAUUAUCCUUCCACGAUUAGCGAUGUGCAGAGUAUAUGAAAUGUUAUAUAAUUAAAUAUUAAAUAUAUGUAUAUGUAACUAAAUGUAUUUGAAUGUGUUGAAGAAGUGGCCGUUGAAGAUUCUGCAAUUUUUAAUUAGUCAAGCAAAAAAUCACAUUUAAAAACUGUGUUAUAACGCGCUCCCGGCCACUUCUUUAAAAUUAGUCAUAAAUAAAUGAAAUGAAUGUAUAAAUUAUAUUAUAUAAACAAUGAUUGUGCCACUUUAAAUAGAUAUGCUUCAAUAUCAUAAUAGGACUCGGUGAAUGAGUGUACCCACCGCUUUAAAUAUAAAGUUGUGAACUAAAUAUUAUAUAAAUGCAAUUAUAAAAAAAUAUAUAUGUGAAAAAAAUAACCCGCAACAGCGGUAUCUCGUUAUCGUGUAAACGAAAAAAAUAUAUAAAAAAUAAAUCAUACUAUAUAUAGAACUUGGUUGUUGUGACAUUAUACAUGUAUAUUUUUAAAAUUUAAUUGUGUGAAAUGGGCGAUACAUGUUACGACAAUACGUGCGAGUGUUGAUUUGAGUAUGUUUUAUUGAAAUAUCAGCAAUUUUGGUGCCAAAACAUAUGUUCAUUGUGAACAGGCGAUCUCGGCAUUGUGCUAUCACUUAACAAGUUUAUUUCUAUGUAUCUAUUACUGUUGAUUUUUUAAUGCAUCGCACAAGUUUUAAAUCAAUUAUAUUUUAUUAAUAUUUCUAGUGAUCAAUUAUGGUAUUUAGCACAAUAAGAAAUCCACUGCUAAAAUGUUAUUUGUUUAAAACUAACAUGAUAAAUAGAUUCAUAAUUAAAAGUAUGGGUCACUUUACUGGAUAAAAAAUAAAAUGCAUAUAGUUAUUUCAAUAACAAAACAAUGAAAUGUUAUUUUAAUUGAUCGGUUUCAUUAAUUACGUGAUUUACUAUGUUUAUUAUACCUAUUGCGAAGGAAUGCAUUUCGACUACAAAAUCUUAAAUCUUAAAAAAGAAAUCUCCAUGUCACUUUUGAUUUUGACAUUUAAAAAAAGUAUCUGAUUUGACUAGUUGGAACGUAGCCAAUGAGCAUAGCGCUCGGCGAUUCGCGCUUGUCACAAUGAUCUACUAAAUAUAUCGAUAAUCGAUACUAUACAACAGCCGGUAUAUUGUGACCCGUAUUUUUAAGUCAAAAUGUUUUUUGGUCUGUAAAGAUUUUUUUAUUCAAUCCCCAUGUAACAUAGUCAUAUAUUGACGCACUUGAUAUGUAUACGUUUGUGGCACUAUUAUUAUAUUUCAUGAAUUUGAUGUGUACACGUCGACUGUCUCAAUAUUGUUUAGAUAAUUUUACAUGAGAGACCUUUACAAAUGUACGAUUUUUUAUUUAUAUUUAAUUCUAUUUCUCUUUGUAUAAUGUAAUGUAAAAAAUAAAGUAUAUUUUAGCUCAUUGCAUUAAUUUUAAUGAAUGGAUAUUAUUAUGUAAUUGGCACAUGCAAAUCAUUGUGUAAGCCAUCUUUAGUUGAUAACAAGCGCUAAAUAUAGGUGCUGUCUACACUUUUAUUUCAUUUUGCAUUUUGUGUUCAUUUUAUGGCAGCUAACACACUAUCGCCGAACAGAUGCCGAUGCAUGAACAUUGCGUAGCUUGUACGAGAGCACAUUGCUGUUUUUCCUUGCUGUAAAUAAAUACAGCAAGGAAAAACAGUAAUGUACGUCGAAACAGCGAAAUUUGGCGAACUGUUUGCCAAUAGUGUGGUAGUGUGGAGCCGGCAUUAACUUUGGGACGACUCGCAAACGCCCGCGAAGAUCGGUAUAAAUGUAUUUUGAUAUUAUUUACGUUCACGUUUGUAAAUAUUAUACAGAAAGGCAUAUCUGAUUGUUCUGUAGUUAGGUAAGAUUUGACUCCCAAUAAAUAAAUGUUGGAAGUAUGCAAA